AUGUAUGGAUUUUUUUUUAAUAAAAAUGAAGAUAACAAAUUGACAAACAAUAAGAGUUCAUUUGAGAAUAGUGAUAAUAAUAUAAAUAAUGAUGAUAUAAAUAAAAGUGAUAUAAAUAAAAGUGAUAUAGAUAAAAAUGAUGUAAAUAAUGAUAAUAUAAAUAAUGAUAUUCCAAAUAAUGACAAUCCAAAUGAUGACAAUAAUAAUCAUCAUGAUAAAUAUGAUGAAUCGAAUGAUAACUACAUUACAAACACAGAAGAUGAAAUAAGUAUACAGAUACUAAAUAAUAAUGACAACAUAAAAAAUGGAAAUCAUAAAUUAAACCUAUCUGUAGAUGAGGAAAAAGAAAAAAGUAAUAUAAACAUAAAAAAAAAUAUAAAUACCAAUCAGUCAUUUAUUUCUAAUAUUGAUAAUAUGAAUGAUAAACUUAUAUUGAAUAGUCAUGAUAAUAUAAUAGAAAAAAAAAACGUCUUAAAUGAAUGUGCCGAAAAUAUUACCUACAAUGAUGAAUGUGAUAUACAUAUAAAUAAUAAUUCAAAUAAAAUAUAUAACAAUUUAUCAAUUAAAAAUUAUGUUAAUUUUAUUGAUAAGGAUGAAGAAAAAAAAAAAAAAGAUAUGCCAUCCAAUAAUAUAAAUGAAAGUAAUUCAAAAAAUGACCUAGAAAAAAAUCAUGAUACUAUUAUAAUAGAAGAAAAUCUUAAUAAGUUAAAUAAUAAUAUAUCUGUAAAUAAAGAUAAAGAAAAAAAUAACAAUGAUAAAAGAAGUGAUAAUAUUAAUAUUGAUAUAUUUUAUACAAGUGAUAAAUCUGUAGACAUAAGUGAUGAAAAUAGUUCAUUGGAUACUAUGGAAGAACUAUGUGAAAAUAUUGAAGACUCAGAUGUUUCUAUAAAUUUUUAUAAAAAUAUGUUAAGUUCAAAAAAUAAUAUUAAUGAUAAUAUAAAUAAUGAAACGUCUAUUAUAAAUAAUAAUAAUCCAACUGAAGAAAUUAAUAUUCUUAAUAAUUAUAUUAAAAAUAUUACAGAUGGAUAUCAAAACAAUUCUAGUUCUUCCAUUGAUCUCGAUAAUAAAUUAUUGAAUAUAUUAUCUUUGUCUUUUCUAACUUUUGUUGAUAAUGUUAUUUAUGAUUCACAUAUAUAUGCACAAUCUAAUACAUAUCUUGAUACAACAAAAAAGGAAUUAAAAAAAAAAAAUGAAAGUAAUAAAACAAAUCAAUCAAGUACUCAAUCCAAUCCAAUUACACAAGAUGUAAAAAUAAUUAAUAACAUGAAAGUGGAUUUGUCAAAAAAUGAUAUUCAUAAGAAUAAUACCCACGCUCAAAAUAAUAAUAACAAUAAUAAUAAUAAUAAUAAUAAUGUUGGUAAUAAUAAUGAUGGUGAAAAUAAAUUAUCUCAACAUUUUCAUGAUAUAAAAGAAAAAUCUCCUGAUAUUACCUUCAACCCUGAUGUAAUUAAUAUGUGCUUAAAUAAUUUGUAUAAUGAACAGCUUGUAAACAAACUAAUUCAUAAAAGAAAAAAGAAAAAGAAAGGUAAAAAUAAAGGCAAAGAUAAAGAUAAAGAAAAAGAAAAAAAUGAAGAAAGCCAAAUGAAUGAUAAAAAAAAUAAUCAUAACAAUAAUAAUUACAAUAAUAAUAAUAAUAGUAAUUAUAUUAGUUCUAAUGACGAGGAUGAGGAAUUACGACUCUUAUCUUAUAACUCCCUCUUCAAUAAAAAAACAAAUAAAGACCAUUCCUAUCAGCAAAACGAUUCAACAAUUAAAAAUAUCAAAGAAACGAAUAAUAUAAAUGACAAUAAUUCAUUAGAUGAAAAUAAUAAAUCAUUACAAGAUAAUAUAUAUAAUAAAUUAAAUAAGAGAAAAAUUAUGAUCAAUCAAAUUAAUGAUGAAAUUAAAAAGAAAAAUAAUUAUUAUAUAAAUACAUUUACAAACAAGAAACAGUAUUCUUUGGAAGAUAUAUUUGAAAUAUAA